GGCUGAGGGUGAGGACUGACUCCCUUUGCCGGAUUUCCGUAAUGUUAUAAAACUGAAAGCGCUGCCGGCCGACUUUCACGUGUUCAAAAGGAUGAAGGUUGAUAUACAUAAUCAUAUUUUACCAAAGGAAUGGCCCGAUUUAAAGAAGAGGUAUGGCUACGGUGGCUUCGUCCAGCUUCAUCAUCACUGCCAGGGUGAAGCUAAGAUGAUAAAGGACGGGAAGCUGUUUCGUGUGAUUCAAGAAAACUGCUGGGAUGCAAACGCGCGCAUUCGAGACAUGAAUCAAUAUGGUGUCACAGUUCAAGCCCUAUCCACCGUUCCUGUUAUGUUCAGCUACUGGGCCAAACCGCACGACACUCUGGAUCUAUGCGUCCUUUUGAAUGAUGAUUUGGCCCAGACGGUGAGCAGCCACCCCAAAAGGUUCGUGGGUCUGGGGACACUGCCCAUGCAAGCGCCCGACCUGGCCGUACUGGAGAUGCGGCGCUGUGUACAGGAACUAGGUUUCCCCGGCGUACAGAUUGGCUCGCAUAUAAACAACUGGGACCUAAAUGCGUCUGACCUUGAUCCUUUCUAUGCUGAGGCUGAAGCGCUGAAUUGCUCCAUUUUUGUGCACCCCUGGGACAUGCAGACGGAUGGGAGGAUGGCUAAGUAUUGGCUGCCCUGGCUGGUAGGCAUGCCCACAGAGACAACAAUGGCUAUUUGCUCAAUGAUUUUUGGAGGUGUCUUUGAGAGAUUUCCAAAACUGAAAGUCUGCUUUGCUCAUGGGGGGGGCUCCUUCCCAUUCACAAUUGGUAGAAUUGAACACGGCCACAAAGUUCGUCCAGAUUUGUGCGCUAUGGACAACGAAACCAAUCCCCGGAAAUACCUUGGUUCUUUUUAUACCGACUCCCUCGUUCACGAUCCUGUCUCCCUGAAGCUGCUGACUGACGUCAUUGGAAAAGAUAAAGUGAUGUUGGGGACUGAUUAUCCCUUCCCACUGGGAGAGCUGCAACCUGGAUCCCUAAUUGAGUCAAUGGAGGAAUUUGAUGAAGCUUUAAAGGAUAAGCUGCUGGCCGGAAAUGCACUGGAAUUUUUGGGCCUUGAAAAAGAACAAUUUGAGUAAGAAGCAGAUUUACAUCAACCAGUGACAGAAUCUAAAUUGUCACAUUCACAUUUGAUUGAGUUUAAUUCCGUGAUUUUGACAAAAUCAAAACAGUGAGGAAAGGAACGGCUGUACGAAAUAUGUGCAGCCAAAAUUAAAUAUGGUUGUGUUCCUCGAACAAACGUUUUAAUGCAACUCAUAUGUUUUUACUGAAGUUAAUGCUGGGGUCCGCUGUUUUUAUUGCAUUAAAUCCAUGAAAAUUUAUAAUAAUUUAUGGGAAGUCCAUAUAAACCAUUGUUGUAAAUACUGAAAUGUUAAUUUUCAAUUAAAAAAAUUACAACA